UCGAGCACCGAGGAAACUUUCCUUCCUUCGGCAUGUCGCGUUCCCUCGGCUCCCUCCCCCCCGAGCCGGCAGCGGAGACUGUGGCCUCCCGGCUGCGGGCCGUGGCGCAGUUUCUCAGGCGGGCGAUGCCGCUGUGCCAGGCCCACACGGUGGAGUUUUACACGCGAGGGCUGUGGGAGCAGCUGGUGGCUGUAUCCCCCGAGACGGUGCUGGAGGUGUUGGGCGGGGCCGGGCUCCUGCGGCAGCAGCAGCGCCCCCUGGAGGAGGCCGCCGGCACCGGCAGGGCCGGGCUAUGGGAUAACUGCAAGUUUUCCAACGUGUUCUGUGAAAAUUCUCUGAAGCUGGUCAACGUGCAGUUCUUUGCCCUUGCUGCUAAAUAUCAUUCCUUGCCAAGCCUUGAAGUGUGUACCCCAUUAGAACAGAUGCUUGGAGCACUGAGUGGAAAGCAACACGAGAGAUGUGAAAUCAAAACAGAUGAGUUUAUGAAUAAUAAGAAAUCUCAUGAAGUGCAGAAAAUGUCAGAAUUGAUAGACAGCAUUGCAAAUUUUUGUGGUAUAAAGCAGGUGAUUGACCUGGGCUCUGGAAAAGGCUACCUAAGCUCCUUUUUAUCCAUGCAAUAUAAUCUAAAGGUUUAUGGAAUUGAUUCCUCAAACACCAACACUUAUGGAGCUAAUGAAAGGAACAGGAAAUUGAAGAAACACUGGGGAGCUUAUCAAAGUCGGGCAAGAGCAAAUGUCAGAGGCCAAGUGUUGGAAGAGCCAAAGGAUAGGGCAGUGCAAGAUGAAAUAAAAUGUAGAGCAAAUAUCAAUGAAAAGCUUUUAAGUACUAACAACAGUCUUUUAAGUCAAGACCAGACGGCUAGCUCAGAUUCUGUUCCUUUGGAAAUUACUGGUGCUUUCACAGACUCUGCUAUGUUGAAAACUGGCAAACAAACUGAACCUCAUUUGGUGACUCAGACACAGUCUGACGGGAACAAAAUUUCUGAAAAUACUUUUUCUCUUCUAAACAUUCUACCUGCUGAUGCUGUAGAAGCUGUUUCUUCAUCUAAAUGUAACAUGGAGCUCUGUGAAGAGGAAAAAGAGCAAAGAAAAAUGGCUUCCAUCAAGGCCAAAGCAAGCAAGUCAAAUGACUCAAACAUUUAUUUGCCAUUGACCUCAUACGUCACUGCAGAAACAGAACUCCGUGAUAUCAUUACGGAUCUGGAGGACUGUAUAAUGGUGGGACUACAUACGUGUGGGGAUCUUGCUCCGAAUACACUCCGAAUCUUUACUGCUAAGCCUGAAAUCAAGGCAGUUUGCAGUGUGGGCUGCUGCUACCAUCUGUUGACAGAAGAGUUUGAAAACCAAAAAGAUUGCUCUCCGGGAUUGUGGGGGUUUCCCAUGUGCCGGUAUUUAAAGGAAGAGGGCUGGUGCUGUGGUCGCAAUGCCAGAAUGUCAGCGUGCUUAGCUUUGGAACGAGUUGCGGUCAGCCAAGUGCUGCCUACAGAAUCAUUGUUUUAUCGAGCUGUUCUACAGGUUAUUAUAGAGGAAUGUUACGGUGUCAUCAAAAGUGAUCGGCAUGUUGGUAAAAUUUUCUCCAAGUCUUCCUCUUUUGUGGAUUAUGUCAGAAAGUCUCUGAAGAAGCUUGAACUAGAUGAGUCAAAGAAGAAAUCGGGGUCCAGCCCACACACCCAGUAGAUCCUUUGACAUCCGGUGGACCUUGGAGUCCAGUGGGGAGCACCCAGAUGGAGGCCCUCUGUCUUCAUGAUUCUAUGCUGACCUGUGUCUUGCAGGUGCUCCAGCCAUAUACCAACAUUAAUGUAAUGUUAAAUAAUCUUUAAUGCCAUUGGCAACAUUAAUUUCCAUAUGGCAUUUUUCACUAGUUGCACCAGAGUGACAAUGUGUACACUCCUUUCCCUCCCCUGCCCCCUGACAAUCUGUCACUCUUACUUGCUGGCCUGCUCCUUUCCCAUGCAUGACUCUUUGGACCUAUGGAGAGCAUGCCAGAAGAAUGAGAGGGAUCGUGCUAUACAGGUAGCUGACCUCCUAUCUCUUCUGCAUGGAGAGGGGGAGAUCAACAUAUUGGAAGGUCCUCUCUGCUGAUUUUUCACUCACUGGAGAACAAUGGCUUGAAUGUUCCAAAUGACCUUUGCAGUUAAUUUGACUAUAUAUGACCCUUUCAAAACUGCAUGUUGCACAUUGGCAGUGAGAUAUUUUGCAUGCGGUUUUUCAUUAAACUUGUAAAGGGUGUAACUAAGGCAGGCUGUGCUAGGCAUGCAUCGAUGACAAACUUAGCUGCACAGUGAAAUAUGUACUGAAGAUGUGCAUGGGAAAAGGGAGAAGCCCUCAGACUCUGUGGAGCUUGUCAGGACCAAGGAGUUAUGAAGGGCUGCUUUAUGAUUUGUAUGAAGUUUCAUGGGAAAGAGAUUCUGUCCUAAAAGAAAAGGAGUACUUGUGGCA